CACCCAGCUGCACGUCCGCAAGCUGGGGAGGAGCGCUCCGCCCGCUAUUGACAAAGGGUGGGAGGAUGCCUGAGCCCGGGGAUGCUCGUUGUGCGCAGCCGGUUGGCCGCCUGAGCUACUUCGCCCUCAGCCGGUGAGUGAUUGCGAAGAUCCUUCAAUUAGCUUCACCCGGUGUCCGCACCCUCCUCCGCUCGCCUACCCGGGCGCCUGCGUCCUUGACCCGCCAGCGGGGCUGGGCAAAGCACCAGACCCGGAGCACGGGCAGCAGGUGCCUUUGCCCGGUGGGUCUGCAGAGGAGCUGAGACUCCUGGCUGAGGUUCGUGGUGGGUGCUAGGACCCGACUCCUUGUGGGCGCCGCUCUGGUGAGUGGAGGCUAUUGAAGCCGGCGACCAGGGGUCGUUUCCUCUAUUGGCAGCCUGCGCCCGCCCUGCGCGCAACUCGUUUCGGGUAGAUCCCGGUGCGCCGCGCGCUGUGUCCACCAGCUUGGUACCAGUCACCGAACCGCACCCCUCGAAAAGCGCGGAACCGAUGAGAGCCACUUUACCGGCUCACCAGCUACCGGUGUCGGCUUGCGGAGGACCGGCACCGACUGCCCAGGGAGGGCGCGCGCCACGGGCCACCGAGGGCAGCCUUUGUCUUGGGUUUAACGCUGAUGCGCGCAGACCUGAGUAAGGCUCUCCGCCACCGUCGAGUGGGAUCCAGGUCUCACGCACCCACCCGCCUGGGCGAGGGAUGCCAUUGUGUUCCUGCUGCGGGUGGAACUUAAGACGCUGGGACUUCAGACGCCAGAGGGUCCUGCGCCCACGGAAAUGUACCCAAGAGGAGUUCUGAAAGAAUAGACUCAGUUGUCCUGCUGUGAUUAGAGGAGACACCGCUGUAUUUUAACUGAGCUUGGCAAAGCAAGGAUAUGAACAGUUGUGCAGGUGGGCUACCCAGGCUAGUGAAGAGCUAAGGCGUCCAGCCGGGGACUGGCAACCUGCAGCCCUGCCAGUAUGCCCCUCCACCAGAUAUCCGUAAUCCCAGCCCGGGAGACCGCCAGCAAUGGGAGAAGUUCAAUGGGCAGAAACAAAGAGAAGAACAAGGAAGUCGAGAAUUUCAGAAAUUGAAAAGGGAUAAGAGGAAGGAGAAAAUGCUGGGCUGGUGUGAAGCGAUAGCCCGUAACCCUCACAGAAUCCCAAACAACACGCGAACACCCGAGAUCUCAGGGGAUUUGGCUGAUGCCUCACAAACCUCCACAUUGAAUGACAAAUCCCCAGGACGAUCUGCAAGUCGAUCAAGUAAUAUUUCAAAAGCAAGCAGCCCAACAACAGGGACAGCUCCCAGGAGCCAGUCAAGGUUGUCUGUCUGUCCGUCCACUCAGGACAUCUGCAGGAUCUGUCACUGCGAAGGGGAUGAGGAGAGCCCCCUCAUUACGCCCUGUCGCUGCACAGGCACCCUGCGCUUCGUCCACCAGUCCUGCCUCCACCAGUGGAUCAAAAGCUCGGACACGCGCUGCUGUGAGCUCUGCAAGUAUGACUUCAUAAUGGAGACGAAGCUCAAACCCCUCCGGAAGUGGGAGAAACUACAGAUGACCACGAGUGAAAGGAGAAAAAUAUUCUGCUCGGUCACAUUCCAUGUCAUCGCAAUCACCUGUGUGGUUUGGUCCUUGUAUGUAUUAAUAGACCGGACAGCGGAGGAAAUCAAGCAAGGUAACGACAAUGGUGUCCUUGAAUGGCCAUUUUGGACAAAACUGGUUGUGGUGGCCAUCGGCUUCACGGGAGGUCUCGUCUUCAUGUACGUACAGUGUAAAGCCUACGUUCAGUUGUGGCGCAGGUUGAAGGCAUACAACCGUGUGAUCUUUGUGCAAAACUGCCCAGACACUGCCAAAAAACAGGAGAAGAACUUCUCGUGUCACGUAAACACGGACAUCAAGGAUGCCGUGGUGGUGCCUGUAUUGCAAACGGGUACAAAUUCACUGCCAUCUGCAGAAGGCAGCCCCCCUGAAGUUAUACCAGUGUGAUGGAGACAGGUGGAGUUUCUUCGCUGAAGAAUACCUUUCUAGCCCUCAGCCACUACAAAUGACAGAAGUGAUCCUGAAUUAUUCACUUUUUUCAUCUUCUCCCCUUUCUCCUGCUGACUCACCUUUCCUUACUUUGCUCAGAAAGGAAAGGAGGGAAGGACACCAAAUGACCAGGAUCCCAUCAAGCAGAGUCUAAAGUGUGAUAUGGAGAUGUGAAAAGUUUGCUAAAGACUUAUUUCUAAAACAGUUAUAAAAUAUCACUGGAGUAAGGAGUCCUUUUAGGCAAUGUUCAUCGUCAGGCUAAACAGACAUAUGAGUCUUCAAGGUUGCAGGGGAAAGUUUAAGAAUACAGACUUGAAUUGCAAUAUGUAUUUCUUCUAGGGCCUCGUAAUGUUAACUAUCUCAUCUGGAAAUAACAUACUUGUUUUUAAGCUUGGCAUUGUCUGCAUUAGCCCCGAGGUACAUCAGAGGCACACUUGGAGGAUGUAUCUUUUGAUAGUCUCACUUUUGACAGGUAACAGAUUUUUUGGCUAUUGUGGAGUCCAGUUGUUUUGACAGAUGCAUGUUUUUAAAAUCAAUGCAGUAUGCAUUUGAAGAUAUUAAUACUUGGAUUUAUGUUUAAAUCAUGAACAAAAGAUGUGCAGAGGUUUUUGUUUGUUUGUUUAAUUAGCCCUGUUGAAUACACACAGAAGUUGAAAUCAACUAUCAGGUCCCAUAUUUUAUCUGGACCCUUGACAACAGUGUUGUCUAACAGAAAUAUAACGUGAGUCACAAAUGCAUAUGUAAAUUUUAAAUUUUUAGUAGCCCCAUUACAAAAAGUAAAAAUAGGUGAAAUUAAUUUUGAUGAUGUAUUACAUUUAACAAUAUAUAUCCAAGUUAUUUCAACUUGUCAUAAUGUCAAAAGUUAAUUGAGAUAUUUUACAUCUUUUUUUAUGAACCAAGUCUUCAAAAUCCAGUAUUUUAUCCUUUCAGCAUAUCUCAAUUUGAAUUAGCCAUAUUGGAUAGCAAUCCUAAAAUUAGAGCCUCUGCUUCAUUUAACAGUUAAUAUUGCAAAACAUCAGCUUAACUCAUUCUUUUAUUCAAAGUCGCACAAAUGUUAUAAUUUUACAAAGCACUAAAUUAAUCAAACAAAUUAAAUAUCUUGGUUGAAGGGUUAGAUAAAAUUACAAUUUCUCUGAAGGGUGCAAAAAACAAAAGCAUAGAAAGAUAAAGCAAUCUGUAGCAAAGUUCUGAAAUUAACUCAUUGGCUACAAUGAAGCACUUAUGAUACGGAAAAUAAAAAUUAAAUACUUUCAUUAUUAAGUCAACUGUGUAAGGCUUUAAAAAAAAUCCAUAUGAGGUGUCAACGUGACAGAUGAGUAGUUAAGCAUUUAGACUCUAUUUUUAAAAGCUGACAGUAUUUCCCUUGCUCAGCUGGGAAGCAAAAAUAUUGGACAAAUUCUGUGGUAAGUAAUACAUUGAGUUGUUUAGGUUUGACAGUUCAGUUGAUUAUUGUGAUCUUUGCAUAUUCAUGUAAAACUGAAGUGUGAAUGAUAUUGCCGUGAGCUACAUUAAUGAUUAUAGAUGUAGUGGCCUGUUGAGAGGUGUCUUACAUUUUAAAAAGGUGAUUUAUUUUUGUUAGCUGUCAUAUUUAUUAUUGUGGAAAAGGAACCACGGUGGCCACAGGAACCAAAGCAUGGGUAUUGCAUUGCACAAAUCUGGGUAUCACAUUGAUGCACUUUGUAAUGAUCCGUGUGCUUGUUCUUCAAAGAUAUCAUAGGAAAAGAGCAAAAGAAAUAACCUUUUAAUGCGAGAAAGAUGAUGUGAAUUAGUGGCUGACACCGAGUCCAACUAGUCCUGAUGCCCAAGAAUAAAGGGAAAUGUCAACUCUAUGUGUGUGGCAUGUGUAUGUGUAUUCACGUAUGUACAUGAGAAAAAUGUUAAGGUUUCCAGUCAGGAAACAAAAGGUUUAAACUCACCUUUCUUAAAACUUAUUGUAGGGACGUGAAAUUAAAGGCACAGGGCAAACAAAAUUGAGGUAACUGAACUGGACCAAAAUUUCUGUGCAAAUAAGGACAUAAGUGAAAUAUGAAACUUAAACAAACUGAACAUGGCAUCUCACCCAAGGGAUUAAACAUGAUUCAAUUUAUCUGUUCAUUUUUCCAAGCUUUUUACUAAUCCAUUUUUCCUGUGGUUUAGCAAUGGCAACAUGCAGUUUACAAAUAUUCCUGGGGGAAAUAAUUUAGUCACCAGCAAACAAAGAAAUGUUGAUUUCUCUUUUGUUUGUUCUGGAAGGAAAAUGAUUAUUUACCUUAAUUACUUCCAAAAAUACUGUUUAAAUUCUGUACAAACCCAAGCAAGAUAGGUAAGUGUAUAGCUCAUUUCACAGUGGGAGGCAAUUGGCUAUUUUUAAAAUAAGGCCUCAUGUAUUAAGGGCUAUACUUAACACUAAAAAAACAUUUCUAGAAUGAAAAGUAAAGAUAAGCAUUACUGUAUUAACAAAAGAGGACAUGGUGUUUUAAAACCAUACUUAAAUUCUCAAAAUUGACUUGCAUAGGCUUUGGCAUUCUUGAAAUGAGAAAAUAAUGUAGUGCCCUAGCAGGUUAAAAGUCGACAUCUUAUUGUUAUUCUUCUGACCUUUUUAAACGCUGAACUCCUGAAUUCAAAUAUUUUAAAAAGGUUUCUUGCAAUGGCUGUUUAUGGUUCAAGCUAAAUAACUAUGUGCACUUAAAACCUAAGGAUGAUUAUUUUCUUCUUAUAUUCUGUGUGGCAAUGGUACAUUUGCCCUUUCAAGGAUUCGGCUUUGUGACAACGCUUUUGUGGACUGGAUAUACCCUCCAAAAAGAAAAACUGCUCUCCAGAAUGACUAUUUUUUGAAGCAUGUUUACCUGCUGAUGUAAGAAAUAAACUGGAAUUGAAAUAAAGGACUGUAAUUGAAGAAUGAACUUACAGUUCGGUUUAAAACUUUUUGGCUUUUUAUAAUCACGAAUCUGUGGUAUUAUCAAUACUAUAAACCACAAACAUUUCUGCUGUUAAUUUUUUAAAAGCUGUCACUUUAAUUGUAUAGACUCAAAGAUUACAUUGUAAAGGAAUGAAAUUCAAGCACUUUUUUAAAAAGUGAAGUCCAAAAGGCAAUGAAGCUUAAGUACAAACACAAAUGCAACAAAAAUGAAGAAAAAAACACCCAAAUGUGAUCCCAUCAACCUGGGAUAUGGCAGUGGAGAAACUGAAGGAAGAUAGGUCUAUACUGAAGGAGUCUUUCAAAAUGACCCGAGAUUAACUCUCUCUGAGAUGCUUUGUGAUUGUAGUCCCAGUGAAAUGACCUCAUGGUUGUAUUUAUCUUGUUUUGCAAAAGGUCGCUGAGUACACCUAAAACAGCUGUUCUUUGGUUGGAAAAUUAGCUCAUGAGAGCAAUGACAUCGUUAGGUAUCAUAAUUGUCAUGGGUGUGAGGUGAGAAAGAUUAUUCCAUCUGCCUGACAUAGUUUACCUUUCUUUGCCUUGCCACUGAGUAUUUUGGGACAACGUAGAGCUCUUAAAACUUACCAUUAUUGUAGUUAUUAUAUAAUAAUUGUGUAGGGCUUACACUUUAAUUAAGAAAGAUAAAAACCUUUUUUCUUAAGUCAGCCCAAAGGUGCUAUUUUACAUAUUAAUACAGUUGAAAGGACAUACUGUUAUUUUGGGCUGCAGUGUUUCCUCCACAUCUGAAGAAAGCCCAUUUUGAAAUUGGAUAUUGCAUUAAAAUUAACAAGGAAAAAUUAUUUUAACUGUGUGCAAUUUUUGAAAUUGAGCAUUUGUACUUUAUUGGUUUUACCUAAUUCUCUUGCAUUAACAAUUUACUGUUUUGUGAAUAAUGUGUACUAAAGCAGAUUAAGGAAAAGAAAAUAAUUAUCUGUGAAAGACUUUGUAUAUUAAAGGAGUGA